AUGGUUUCUUAUGUUGAUCUUGUGGAUAGAGCCACAUCGGAGCAUCUCGUGUCCAUGGAUUGGACAACAACGAUGAACCUUUGUGAUAUACUCAACAGUGAUUCAAUACAUGCGAGAGGAGUUGUUAGAGCAAUAGUGAAGAGGUUUAAAGAGAAGACAAGAGUUGUUAUGUUAGCCUUGGAGGUAUCUGAGGCAUUGGUUAAGAAUUGUGAAUGUACUCAUAUAUUCUUUGGCGAGAGGACAUUCCAGACAGAGUUGGUCAAGAUUAUUAUGAAUAGAAAGACAAAGGAGAAUGUGAAGGAUAAGGCAUUGGAGUUGGUUGAGACGUGGGGCAGGGCAUUCGAGACACGCUCCGAUAUAGCAGGUUUCCACGAAUCCUACGCAUUCGUAAAGCGAUCGGGCUACAAGUUCCCGCCACAACGUUCAGAUGCACCAGUGCUCAACUUUAACAGGGAGAGGAGGCAACCAUUGCCAUCGGUCACAUACUCUUCGCAGACGGUACAGGUGCCACUGCCACCCCACGUCUAUCCCGCGGCGGCCGCAUCUGCACAAAUGGCUGGCCCCCCAUCUAGGCCUGCACCAUCACAGGCCAGCUCCAAUUCGGCUGUGCAGCAGGACAUAUCAUCGAUCAAGGGCAGUCUAUCAGUGUUCCAAGAGAUGAUAUCAUUCCUCAACACCGAGGAGGAGGACCCCGCGCAGAACUCUCUGCUACAGGAACUUAAGGCAGUGCUGUCUGAGAACCAGAAGAAGGUCACAAGUUUGAUAGAGACGGGCAGGGCGUCGGAGCGCGAGUUGGAGCAACUUCUCCUGCUCAAUGAUGAGCUGGUCCGAGCAUUCUCAGACUACGACUCGGCCUGCGCCAAACGAAAGCAAUUUGUAGACAAUGGAUACAGGCCAAUUCCAUUGCCACCCAAACAGGUCAACAACAAUGAGUUGAAUCAAAUUGAUUUCUCAUUCCAACCGACGGCCAUUGUUCAAUAUCAACAGCCACAACAGAUGCAGCAGCAGCAACAGCAGCCACAGCAGUAUGCCAAUCCAUUCAUGGGCAACAACCCAGCAGUCAAUGGAUACAAUCAACCAGCGAUGCAACAAGGGUACAAUCCAUUCGCGCCCCAACAGCAGCCACAACAGCAGCAGCAACAACAACCUAAGCCACAAUCAUUCGACGAGUUUGAUCUAUACUUGGCCAACAGAAACCAACAACAACAACAGCCACAGAUGCAAGCACCAAUGCAGCAGCCAACAAACCCCAAUGUAUUGUCCAAUCCAUUCGCUCAACAACCAUCAUACAAUAGUGGACAGAUGGUUGUGUCACAACAGCCAACAUUGGCCAAGUCCUCUCCCCUGCCACCACCCGCAAUCCAAUCCAAGCCAUCGGCACCAAUGCCUCCACCCUUUAGCAACAACAGCGUUAACCCUAACCUCAACGGUGUUGGCAUGUCAAAUGGAUCCAAUCCCUUCAGCCCAUCAUAUUCAAACUACAAUGUUACUGUUCCCAAUGGCGGUGGUGUUGGUCCAACCAUGAUGGGUGGCAACAACAACCCAUAUGGUGGCGGCAUGGGUGGUGGCAUGGGUGGCGGCAUGGGCGGCGGAAUGGGUGGCGGCAUGGGUGGAGCACCUUAUGGAGGCAUGGGAAUGAUGAAUGGAGGUCAGAACAAUCAGAACAAUCAGAACAAUAACUUUAAUCCAUUUGGAGGAAUGGCUUACCAACAGCCUAGUGCACCUUUCCAGGUUCAACCAUAUCCAUAUCAACAGCAGCCACAACAGCAGCAGGGUGGUCAAUACCAGCCAUAUGUACCCACUCCACAGGUGUUCAAUGCUCCUCAACAACAGCAACAGCAGUCAAACAACAAGAGUAACCCUAACUACUCUUCAUUGAUAUAA